UUCUACCCGCGGCGGGGCCACCGUGCCGGAGAACAGGCAUCGCUGCGGUACCGAGCGGAGCACGGCAGCGGCUGGACUUGUGUGCCCGUGGGUCAUGGACGGGCGGGCGGUGCUGAUCCAAGCGCUGCUGGCGGCAGUGUGCUCGGCGGCGGCGGCGGGCGGGCUGCGCCGGGACGAGCUGCACAACGAGGUUCUGCACAAGGGCGGCGGCAGCGGGGUGCCCGUCCCGGCUACAGCCCCGCUGCUCGGCGGCAGCCCGGAGAAGGAGGGCGGCGGAGCGGCCUCGGGGGACGACUUCAGCGAGCUGCCGAGAGUUGCCUUCCUGUCAAAGCCUCAAGGCCUCGUUACUCCCAAGAAAAAAGGGAACGGCAAUAAAAGAAGAAAAGGCAAAGGCCUGGGGAAGAAGAGAGACCCGUGCCUGCGGAAGUACAAGGAUUUCUGUAUUCACGGCGAGUGCAAGUACAUCCGAGAGCUGGGGGCUCCCUCUUGCAUAUGCCAGCCAGGCUAUCAUGGAGAGCGCUGCCACGGCCUCCUGCUGCCAGUGGAGCACCCGCCCAGCGCCUACGACCACACCACAGCCCUGGCUGUCGUUGCUGUCGUCCUGUCCUCCCUGUGUCUCGUCAUCAUCGCAGCCCUGCUGAUGCUCAGGUGUCACAAGAGGGGUGGCUACGAUGUAGAAAACGAAGAGAAAAUCAAGCUGGGCAUCACUGUGAAUCACUGAGGAUGCCAGGUGCUGGCGAGGUGAGCCCCUGGCUGGGCAUGGGGCAGCAGUGGGGCAGGUGGACAUCUGGGGACUCUGCUGUGCUGGCUGGGACUGCUGUGUGGAUCCUGUGCCAGAGUUAGGCAGGAACUGAAGGCAGCCUGAAUCUGGAGAAGCAGCUGGCUGAGAGUCUGGGCUGCCCUGUGGGACUCCAGUCUUCUUUUCUCCCCUUCCUGCUGAAAUCCCUGUCCCCUGGCACCCCUAUCAUUCCUGUGUCCUUCUUUCUAACCCCAAGUCCCUCCUCUGUGCUGGUGUUCCAUGCUUUGGGGAUAUUUGGUAGUAGGGAAGCUCUUUCUGUUUUGUUUAGUUUUUUCUUUUCCCGCUCAUUCUGCUCCCUCCUUGACCCUCUGAGUCACUUCCCCUCCUUAGAUAUUGCCUCUAUUUAUAUACAUGUGUAAAAAACCCCUUUCCUUUUCAUUCCCACUGCUUAUUACUUGUACCAAAGCAGUGCCUAUCAGCUUGGCACGGGGGAUCUUCUGCCAGCUCAUGCCAUGUUCCUCAGGCUGGGCUGGGGUGUGUGCUCUGCCCCAGGGGUGGCUGCGGGGCCGGGUGCUGAAUAUCUGUGAAACUUCCUCUGAUCUGAUCUAAGUCCUGACGUUAGAUGCAGUCAUACAUAUUACAGCUACUUCUCUUCUUUUUAUUAAAAAAAAAAGAGAAAAGUCAUUGUUCUUUGUGAGGAUGAAGUAAUGCCUUCGGAGGAUUUCUGUCAUGCUCAUCGCAGUGUUGGGGGUGGGAAUUUGAGCUGUUCACAGGAGCUGAAUUUUCAGGAAGGAGAUUUGGCACAAGGCUUUCCUCACUGUCCCCUUUACCCUGGGGAUUACUGGGGUGGAUAUGUGAUCCCUGGAAGGGAAGCAGGAUGAAGUACCUGUCUCCCGUCCUCCCGGGUCCCCUAGGGGCGGCGGGUGACUGCUGGCCUUGGGUGGCCACGAGGGUUCUCCCUCCGGACUGGGAGGGUCGGGAUUUUUAUCCCACCACGCAGGGAGCGCAGAGCAGCCCAGGAUCGCGGUGUGAGCUCUCCCGCCUCUCUCUCUUACAGGGCUCGGCACUAAUGCACUUCUACCUCCUGGAAGAGGCGAGACCGCGGCGCCGGCGGCACGGGGCUGCGGCACGCUGGGGGCUCGCUGGAGCUCCAGGACGGCACCGGCGGGGCUGCUCGGGCAGCGGCGGCGCUGCGACACCUCCGGGGCCACCUCCGGGACGGAACGGGCUCGGGAGCGGUGCUGGCCGGGGGCACACUCCGUCCGCUGCAGUGUGUGCUGAGGAACAAGCUGUGAAAGGGAGGAGACCGGGCUCGGGGCUUCCUUCGCCGCAGGAGGGGGGGGAGGGUAACAGCUAUUUAACAAGAUAUUUUUCAUUUUAAAUUAUAUAUUUAUUUUAGAUAAACUGUACAUAGUAUUUAUAUUUAUUGUAGGUCUGGCCCUGCAUCCUUCAUGUACGUCAAGAUGAGAGGGUCAGACCUCCCUUAUUUUUUAAGUGCAAUGUAAUAUUCUAAUAAAUAACACUUUGUAACAAA